UGUAAUUUAUGCGACCGGCUUUGAUGAUGAAUUGAAGAUUGAAUUGCAUUUGUCUAUUUGUCAAGUCACUGUCUUUGGCGGAGUGGUUUAUUUGUGUGGUAAGAAUAAGAAUAGAAGGGAAUUUAAGUUACCGGUUUAUUAGCAGAAAUACAAAGAAAAGUAAAAAUGCGGAAUUAUCUGCUUUUAUUCUUUAUAUGCAGUAUUUAUACAGUUAAUUGCGAUUUUGUGCGAAUUCCACUUCAGAAAAUUCAAACUAUAAGAAACUCACUAAGAGAGGUGGGAACCGAAUUAACUCGUGUAUCUGUGAAACAAACUUCAAACAAAUACGGUGGACCAACUCCAGAACCGUUAUCCAAUUAUUUAGAUGCACAAUAUUAUGGUCCUAUUAGCAUUGGUAACCCACCACAGAAUUUUAAAGUCGUUUUCGAUACUGGAUCAUCUAAUUUGUGGGUGCCAUCGAAGAAAUGUGGAUUUACUAACAUAGCAUGCUUGCUACACAACAAAUAUGACUCAUCGAAAUCGUCUAGCUAUAAACAAAACGGAACUAAGUUUGAAAUCCACUAUGGAUCUGGAAGUCUUAGUGGAUUUUUGUCUACGGAUGUCGUUCAGUUUGGAAACGUUGCAGUUAAAGAUCAAACCUUUGCCGAAGCUGUCAGCGAGCCUGGUUUAGCUUUUGUAGCAGCUAAGUUUGACGGUAUUUUGGGAAUGGCUUAUGACAGAAUUUCCGUAGAUGGAGUUCCUCCAGUAUUUAAUCAAAUGAUCAAACAAGGUCUUGUCAAUCAGCCUGUUUUCUCAUUCUACUUGAACAGAGAUCCUAGCGGCAAAGAAGGUGGUGAGAUCAUCCUAGGAGGAUCCGAUCCAGAGCAUUACAAAGGAGAAUUUACAUAUAUACCUGUCACCCGUCAAGCUUAUUGGCAAUUUAAAAUGGAUCAAGUAACUGUGGGUUCCAAAACUUUCUGUAGUGCAGGCUGCCAGGCUAUCGCCGAUACUGGUACCAGCUUGAUUGCUGGACCUGUAGAAGAGAUGACAGCCAUCAACCAGGCUAUCGGAGGUACACCAAUUCCAGGAGGAGAAUACAUCGUUGAUUGUCAGCUGAUCCCGAAACUCCCAGUUAUCAACUUCGUUUUGGCUGGUAAAAGUUUUCCUUUGGAAGGAAAAGAUUACAUAUUGAGGGUAUCUCAGAUGGGCAAAACAAUCUGCUUGUCUGGAUUCAUGGGAAUCGAUAUUCCCCCACCAAACGGUCCACUAUGGAUUUUGGGAGACGUCUUUAUUGGUAAAUACUACACUGAGUUUGAUAUGGGCAACAACCGAGUUGGAUUUGCUGAGACGGUUUAAAAUUUAUUCAUAAAUCAAUAUUUAUAUACUAUUACAUAAACAAACAUUGUGCAUACUUGUUCAUAUGUGUAAAAUAAGACUUUUUUAGUGCACUUUAGAAUUAUUAGUUGCUCUCUUAGUUGUUUUCGAAUAAAAUAGUUAAUAAUUGUUACUGAAUUAGAUUAAUGAUUGAAUAAAAUUGAUAAAAAUUUGUAUUA